AUGGCUGAAAUUGGACAGGCGGAGAGCUUGAUACCGAAAUUCAAAGUAGAGAGGUUACUCAAUCAAGAUCAAAAUGACCGCCGCAUAUCCAUUCUCGGCUCCAUCGAUGACGCGCCCGGUAUCCUAAUUAUUGAAAGAGCAGCUUUCGUUUCAGAUUCUGACUCCCUAAGAGCAUUCCAUGCUGCCCUAGCAAAUGUAGCAAUCAUUGGAGCCAACGAUAUAUAUCGCUGGUACCUCGCGUCAACUGGGCACAAUCACGAUUCCCCGCCAGACGUAAAGCUAAAUCUCAUUUGGCCUUGCACAGAACAGCACAUCUUGAAAUACUCAGCACAAAAUGUACGCAUAGUCACGGAGACGCCAGAUGUUUAUGCGAACUACGUUCGUGCAUAUAUGCAGAGUAGGAGGGAAAACGGCAGGCUGAACUGGGUAUAUAAUAUUAUAGAAGGACGCAAGGAGCAGGAGGAUGUAAUAAUUCGAGUAUCAGAUCCGGAGGAAGGCUUUUUGCUUUUGCCUGAUCUAAACUGGGACCGCAAGACAAUAGGAACUCUCCGUCUUCUUUGUCUGGUGGAGCGGCGUAACAUAUGGAGCCUACGAGACCUGAAGAAAAAGCAUAUCCCGUGGCUGAAGCAUAUGAGAGAGAAAGUCCUAGAUGGUGUUGUGAACGUUUAUCCCCAACUGGAUCGAGACCAGCUGAAGCUCUAUCUCCAUUACCAACCAACCUACUACCACCUUCAUAUUCACGUUGUCAACGUAAUGCUAGAAGGUGGGACUACUCAAUCCACAGGGAAAGCUUUUGGUCUUGAGAACCUAAUCUCUCAGUUAGAGACGAUGAGUGGCGGACCUGAUGCGGGAAUGGCUGAUGUUUCGAUUUCAUACUUCAUCGGCGAGGAAACUGAGCUAUGGAAAACAGUAUUUGGACCCUUGAAACGAGGCGAGAAGCCAAAAGUGGCGAACUGA